AUGUUUCCUAAAUCAUCAUUACACUCGAUUAAAUUCAAAUCUGCCAAUGAAAAUAGAGUAGUGAUUAUAGAUCCAAAAGAAAGAGGUAGAAUUGUAGCACAAUAUAGAUUCGAAAAUGAUUCUGAAGCUGAAAUCAUUUAUAAAUAUGUUCGUCAAAAUCUCCCGCAAAUUAUAAAGGAUGGAAGAACAAAAAAUAUGGUUGAAAUUGAAAGUAUUCGUUCAAUCAAUGAAUCAAUGCUUGUAAAUGAGCAAGCAGUAAAUAGCAAUAGAAUUGUAGAUAAUAGAACAAUGGAAGAUGUAAGUCCAAUUCAAAAUAAUCAAUUAUUUGAAAAUCCUAACAUGGAUGGAAAUAAUUUUAUAGAUGAUAAUUCAAAUAAGGUAGUCACAAAAUCUAAGUAG